AUGGAAGCAGCAUCGCAGGGACCGCCCAAACAAAAGACAAACGCAAACCUGUGCGGCGUUUGCGAAAGCAAUCCUGGCAAAUACAAGUGCUCGCGAUGCCGUCUUCCUUACUGCUCCGUCCAAUGUAGCAAAGCCCACCAGCAAAACCAUCCUCCAGACCCCCCGAAAGAAGAGCCCAACGCAAACAUGCCUCCGGCUGGCUCCAUCGACCCAACAAACCCCUUCAGCGCCCUCGCAACCUCGGACAAGCUCCAGCUCCUCUUCAGCAAGUAUCCCAAUCUCCCAAACCAGCUCCUCGAGAUCCACGCCGCGACCCAGCCUCCGCCGGAAGCCCCAGACGCUGCCACCAAGGCCAUACCUGCUUCACUCAUGAAGGGCCUUCCAGCGAAUAGUGGUAAAGCCACAUGGAAUCACGACAUUGGCAUCAAAAACGGAAAGGCAGCUCUGCGAAGGGCGCGGAAAGCUAGUGGCGAGGACGGCGAGGCGAUCCGAGAGUACACUGAGCUGAUACUGCACAUCAUGAACGAGACGGGCGAGAAGAAUAACGCCGCUGCGUUUGUGCAGCGACAGAUUGCUGAGCAAGACACGGCCCUUAUCGAGCGUCUACUUGCUGAGGACAGGCGUCACGAAUAA